AUGCCUUGUUCUAACGCCCUUUCCCAACCUUGCUUCUGUGCUGGUGUGGUGUGUGUGCCUUGUUCUAACGUUGCUUCUGUGCCGACCCGUGUGUUGGCGCUCGUGGAGUGUGGGUUACAGGCUCACUGCGUUACUCUCACUCAUACCUUAUUCGAGUGCGAUUGCAACAAGCAAGAACUUUACUUCAACGAGCCUGACAAGACGUGCUUUGCCCCGUUGGUGCGGACGACGGUGGCAGUGCAGGCAAGUAGCAACACCUUCACGGGCGAGAGGGACGCCACCUUCCUCACGGAGGUGCCGGCAGAGCAGGCCAGUGGCACCACAGCAUGUGACAACCUGGACACGGUGCUCAAAGGCGACACCAACAUCACCGUCGUGUGGAAUACCAAGCGCGUCGCGCCUGGCAGCCUCGCGCUUGGCAACGCCAUGUGCAAGAGCCUGUCGUUCUACGCUGACUGGGACUGCAAGCAGAAGCUGGAACUUACCAUUGCUCGUCCCGCGAAGAAGGGCAGUUCCUACCCCGUCACAAAAAGGACUGUCAAUGGAGUCGCUUCACUGCUAUCGGUUGGCUGCGAUAUCACCAUGUGUGAGGAGGAUUGUGGAGCUGCUGAGUGCGUUGUGAAGAAAGGCAAGCCGCAGUGCCAUUGCCCUGAGGGCCUCGUGUUCAACGCAGCUAAGAAGCUCUGCUGGGUUGCUCCUCCUCGGGCCAGUGGACAAGCGAAGAUCGGGCGCCCCUAG